CUCUGCUAUUGCUCCCUCUAGUCUAGCUAGCGUCAUCGGGCGUCGGCAACCAUGGCGGGAGGAGGCGGGGGCGGGAACACGCGUGAGCUCGACCAGACGCCGACAUGGGCCGUUGCGUCGGUGUGCGGCGUGAUCGUGCUCAUCUCCAUCCUGCUGGAGAAGGGUCUCCACCGGAUCGGCGAGUUCUUCUCGCACCGCAAGAAGAAGGCCAUGGUGGAGGCCCUGGAGAAGGUGAAGACGGAGCUCAUGGUGCUGGGCUUCAUCUCCCUGCUGCUCGUCUUCGGCCAGAACUACAUCAUCAAGAUCUGCAUCACCGAGCACGCCGCGGACACCAUGCUCCCCUGCAAGAAUAAGGAGGACGACGCCAAGAAGGGCGCCGAGCACCUCGGGGGCGUCCUCGGCCGGCCGCCCUACUACACCAACUUGAGCCCCUACCCACACAGGCUCCUCGCCGAGGCCAAGAUGUCGACGAAAUGCCCAGAGGGGAAGGUGUCGCUCAUCUCCAUCAACGGCCUGCACCAGCUGCACAUCUUCAUCUUCUUCCUAGCCGUGUUCCACGUCACGUACAGCGCCAUCACCAUGGCACUCGGCAGGGCCAAGAUACGUGGAUGGAAGGAGUGGGAGAAAGGAGCCGCGGGACAAGAUUACGAGUUCUCAAAUGACCCGACGCGGUUCAGGUUCACUCACGAGACGUCGUUCGUGAGGCAGCACAUGAAUGUCCUCAACAAGACCCCAGCAUCCUUCUACAUUAGCAACUUCUUCAGACAAUUCUUCAGAUCCGUGAGGAGGGCUGACUACUGCGCGCUGCGUCACAGUUUUGUCAACGUUCAUUUGGCCCCUGGCAGCAAGUUCGAUUUCCAGAAAUACAUCAAGCGGUCUCUCGAGGACGACUUCAAAGUCAUUGUGGGGAUCAGUCCUCCCCUGUGGGCUUCUGCUCUGAUCUUCCUCUUACUCAAUGUCCGUGGAUGGCACACCAUGCUCUGGAUAUCGAUCAUGCCACUGGUGAUCAUUCUGCUUGUGGGGACGAAGCUGCAGGGCAUCAUCUGCCGGAUGGCGAUCGACAUCACGGAGCGGCACGCCGUGAUCCAGGGCAUCCCGCUGGUGCAAGUCAGCGACCAGUACUUUUGGUUCGCGCGCCCAACCUUCGUCCUCUUCCUCAUCCACUUCACGCUCUUCCAGAAUGGUUUCCAGAUCAUCUACUUUCUCUGGAUAGUGUACGAAUACGGGAUGGACUCCUGCUUUAACGAAUCCCAACAGUUCGUCGUUGCACGCCUCUGCCUUGGAGCGGUGGUUCAGUUCUUGUGCAGCUACGUCACGCUCCCGCUCUACGCCCUCGUCUCCCAGAUGGGCUCCAACAUGAAGCAGUCCAUCUUCGACGACCAGACGUCCAAGGCGCUCAAGAACUGGCGCGCCGGCGUCAAGAAGAAGGCCCCCAGCUCCAACUCCAAGCACGGCGGCCAGGGACAGGGCUCCCCCACCGCCUCCGGCAGCCCCACCAAGGCCGCCGACUCCGGUGUUGCCCUCACGCAGAGGAAGCACAGCGGGGACGCCGACGCCCAGGCCGACGGCGGCACCGGGCUGCAGGCCGGCGCCGCGCAGGCCGCCGGCGGCUCUGGCAAGAAAGGACAAGAUGGCGAGUACGACUUCAUCAAGAUCGACGAGUGA